CUGCGGGCUCCGGCGCCUGCGUCCGCCCGGUCGGGCUCUGCGCGGCGAGAGGCCGGACGGGAACCGGGCAGCAGCGCCUCGGAGCUUGCGGGGAGGGACAUGGGGCGCGGCGGCUCUCCCAAGCCCCGCAGGUUCCGGAGCCCGGAGGCUCCCCAAGAGGUCUCCGCAGCGCCCCCUUCUUCUCACCCAGGGUUUGGGUCCCAUAGUGAUUGAGAGACUCCUAAGUCUUCAGUCCUGCCAUGGCUAAUGGGGUGAUCCCGCCGCCCGGGGGCGCCUCCCCCCUACCCCAGGUCCGGGUGCCCUUGGAGGAGCCCCCUCUGGGUCCAGAUGUAGAAGAGGAAGAUGAUGACUUGGGCAAGACCUUGGCUGUGAGCAGGUUUGGGGACCUCAUCAGCAAGACCCCGGCCUGGGACCCUGAGAAGCCUAGCCGCAGCUACAGCGAGCGGGACUUUGAGUUUCACCGGCACACAUCCCACCACACCCAUCACCCGCUCUCAGCCCGCCUGCCUCCACCCCACAAGCUUCGGCGACUGCCCCCCACCUCUGCUCGGCACACCAGGAGGAAGAGGAAGAAAGAGAAAACCUCAGCUCCCCCAUCAGAAGGGACACCCCCUAUCCAGGAGGAGGGGGGAGCUGGAGCAGAAGAGGAGGAGGAGGAAGAAGAGGAAGAAGAGGGAGAGUCUGAGGCAGAGCCUGUGGAGCCUCCACCCCCGGGUCCCCCACAGAAAGCAAAGUUCUCCAUUGGAAGUGAUGAAGAUGACAGCCCAGGCCUUCCUGUCAAAGCUCCCUGUGCCAAGGCCCUGCCUUCUGCGGGCCUGCAGUCUGACCAGAGCCCCCAGCGCCCCGGCAGCUCCCCCAGUCCCCGGGCCCGGGCUUCCCGAAUCUCCACAGAGAAGACCCGGCCCUGGAGUCCAUCAGCCAGCUAUGACCUGCGGGAGCGAUUGUGCCCAGGCAGUGCCCUGGGCAACCCUGGGCCAGAGCAGCGGGUGCCCACUGACGAGGCGGAGGCUCAAAUGCUGGGUUCUGCCGAUCUGGACGACAUGAAGAGUCAUCGACUGGAGGAUAACCCUGGGGUGCGGCGACACUUGGUGAAGAAACCAUCCCGGAUACAGGGUGGGAGAGGCAGCCCCAGUGGCCUGGCACCCAUCUUGCGCAGGAAGAAGAAGAAGAAGAAGCUGGAUCGGAGGCCUCAUGAGGUGUUCGUGGAGCUGAAUGAGCUGAUGUUGGACCGGAGCCAGGAGCCACACUGGCGGGAGACAGCACGCUGGAUCAAGUUCGAGGAGGAUGUGGAGGAGGAGACAGAGCGCUGGGGAAAGCCUCACGUUGCUUCGCUCUCCUUCCGUAGUCUGCUGGAACUUAGGAGGACCAUUGCCCAGGGAGCGGCUCUCCUGGACCUGGAACAGACCACCCUGCCGGGUAUCGCUCACCUUGUGGUGGAGACCAUGAUUGUAUCUGACCAGAUCCGGCCUGAGGACAGGGCCAGCGUUCUGAGGACUCUACUCCUGAAACACAGCCAUCCCAACGAUGACAAGGACAGUGGCUUUUUCCCUCGAAAUCCGUCAAGCUCCAGUGUGAACUCAGUCUUGGGGAAUCACCACCCAACUCCUAGUCAUGGCCCCGAUGGUGCGGUCCCCACCAUGGCUGAUGACCAAGGAGAGCCAGCCCCGUUGUGGCCACAUGACCCUGAUGCUAAGGAGAAGCCCCUGCACAUGCCUGGGGGAGACGGUCACCGAGGGAAAAGCCUGAAACUGCUGGAGAAGAUCCCCGAGGACGCCGAGGCCACCGUCGUGCUUGUGGGCUGCGUGCCUUUCCUGGAGCAGCCGGCGGCAGCUUUCGUGCGGCUCAGCGAGGCUGUUCUCUUGGAGUCUGUGCUGGAGGUCCCCGUGCCUGUUCGCUUCCUCUUUGUGAUGCUGGGGCCCAGCCAUACCAGCACUGACUAUCACGAACUAGGGCGCUCCAUUGCGACACUCAUGUCUGACAAGCUCUUUCACGAGGCUGCCUAUCAGGCAGAUGACCGGCAGGACCUUUUGGGUGCCAUCAGCGAGUUUUUGGACGGCAGCAUUGUGAUUCCCCCGUCGGAGGUGGAGGGCCGAGACCUACUACGUUCGGUGGCGGCCUUCCAGCGAGAGCUGCUGAGGAAGCGGCGGGAGCGGGAACAGACCAAGGUGGAGAUGACCACCCGGGGGGGCUACGUGGCCCCUGGAAAAGAGCUGUCUUUGGAGAUGGGGGGCUCCGAGGCAACCUCUGAAGACGAUCCCCUGCAGCGGACAGGCUCAGUGUUUGGGGGGCUAGUGCGGGAUGUGAAGCGCCGGUACCCGCACUACCCCAGUGACCUGCGGGAUGCACUGCACUCCCAGUGCGUGGCCGCUGUGCUCUUUAUCUAUUUCGCGGCCCUCAGCCCUGCUAUCACCUUUGGGGGGCUGCUAGGAGAGAAGACAGAGGGGCUGAUGGGCGUGUCAGAGCUGAUUGUGUCCACAGCUGUGCUUGGGGUCCUCUUCUCUCUGCUGGGGGCCCAGCCGCUGCUCGUGGUGGGCUUCUCUGGGCCUCUGCUGGUCUUUGAAGAAGCUUUCUUCAAGUUCUGCCGAGCUCAGGACCUGGAGUACCUCACCGGUCGAGUGUGGGUGGGCCUCUGGCUGGUGAUCUUCGUCUUGGCCCUGGUGGCUGCGGAGGGCAGCUUCCUUGUCCGCUACAUCUCGCCAUUUACCCAGGAGAUCUUUGCUUUCCUCAUCUCGCUAAUUUUCAUCUAUGAGACGUUUCACAAGCUCUAUAAGGUGUUCACAGAGCAUCCUUUGCUGCCAUUCUACCCACCGGAUGAGGCCCUGGAGACUGGCUUGGAACUGAAUAGUAGUGCCCUGCCCCCCACAGAGGGACCACCAGGCCCGAGGAACCAACCCAACACAGCUCUGCUGUCCCUCAUUCUCAUGCUGGGGACGUUCCUCAUUGCCUUCUUCCUGCGCAAGUUCAGGAACAGCCGCUUCCUGGGGGGCAAGGCUCGGCGCAUCAUCGGGGAUUUUGGCAUUCCCAUCUCCAUCCUGGUGAUGGUCCUUGUGGAUUACUCUAUCACAGACACCUACACACAGAAGCUGACAGUGCCCACAGGGCUCUCAGUGACUUCCCCUCAUAAGCGCACAUGGUUCAUCCCACCCUUGGGCAGUGCCCGCCCUUUCCCACCAUGGAUGAUGGUGGCUGCUGCUGUCCCUGCGCUCUUGGUCCUCAUCCUCAUAUUCAUGGAGACACAGAUCACUGCGCUCAUUGUCAGCCAGAAGGCCCGGAGGCUACUCAAGGGCUCCGGCUUCCAUCUUGACCUGCUUUUGAUUGGCUCUUUGGGCGGCCUCUGUGGCUUGUUCGGCUUGCCCUGGCUCACGGCUGCCACUGUGCGCUCUGUCACUCAUGUCAACGCGUUGACGGUAAUGCGGACUGCCAUUGCGCCUGGUGACAAGCCCCAGAUCCAGGAGGUGCGGGAGCAGCGGGUCACCGGGGUGCUCAUUGCCAGCCUCGUGGGCCUGUCUAUCGUCAUGGGAGCUGUGUUGCGCCGGAUCCCAUUGGCUGUGCUCUUCGGGAUUUUCCUGUACAUGGGUGUCACAUCACUGUCUGGUAUCCAAUUGUCCCAACGUCUGCUGCUCAUUUUCAUGCCCGCAAAGCACCACCCUGAGCAGCCCUACGUGACCAAGGUGAAGACGUGGCGGAUGCACCUGUUCACCUGCAUCCAGCUGGGCUGCAUCGCACUUCUCUGGGUGGUCAAAUCAACGGCGGCCUCGCUGGCCUUUCCUUUCCUGCUCUUGCUCACGGUGCCUCUGAGGCGUUGCCUUUUGCCCCGGCUCUUCCAGGACAGGGAGCUACAGGCGCUGGACUCUGAAGAUGCCGAGCCGAACUUUGAUGAGGAUGGUCAGGAUGAGUACAACGAGCUGCACAUGCCUGUGUGACCCGCAGGAUGGCGCCCUUCCGAGACCCCACCUUGGCGACUCACAGACCCUAGGAACCCAGCACCAGGACCAGGCAUUCCUCAGGACCCAGGGAUGUGCCUGGAGUCACUGCCCAUGCCAGGCCAGUGGCCCCUUGACUUUCACAGCCCAGACGGCACCGGCUUUGAAGUCAUUACAACACACUCCGUGUCUUGUGUCUGCCUCAUUUUCUUGGUGCCGCCUGGGGCUUGUCAGGCCACACUUACCUACCUGAAGUGUUACCAGGGCCAUCCAAACUGGAAGAGAUUUGAAGCAGGGGACAGAGAGGGCUUGAGGGGGAGGGGUAGUUCAAGACUACAGAAAAUCCAAGUUGGGUCUUGCUGUCCCCUUCUUUAGCUCCCUUCCGUAUAGCUGAAGAACAGGAGGUUCAAGGUCUACUGAGGGUCACAUGCCCAUUAAUCUAGCCCUGGAUUAGAAAGGAGGGGACAAGGAGGUGCUGCUUCCCUUUAGCCACCAGGGAAAUCAGGGUGACUUCAGUCCUGUGGAGCUACAAAGCUGCACAGAAAAUGCAUCGGGGGAGCAGGGGUAGCGGCUCAGCCACCUAGACGCCAGGAUGGCGCGGGAUUGGGGGCCCGCUGGACCAUUUUAGAUCCUUCUGGCUUAAGCGGGAAGCGGUUCUAGGAUUCCUGAAGCCACUCCUUGUGCAACAGUCUGUUUUGCCAGAAAUAACCUGGGAGGCCUUGAGGGGUGUGGAAACAGGACCCGUUGCGUCACAGUUGCUAGGUAACCAGCUGCCUGGAGUCUGCCGGCCUUGUGUAGCCCUCUGGUGGUGGUUUUUGCGCACUGUAGGCUCUGUCGGCAGAGCAAGGGGAAGGCUGCCACCUGGCGGAUCCGAUUUAAUCCCAGGUUUCAUUUAAGCGGGUUCCAGAGGAUUCUGUACUGGGCUAUCAUCAAGAUUUAAGCAUUUCAUCCCAGCUGCCCACCCAUCCUUGCUCUCUAAUGCUGUCGUGCGUUUGAUUGGCUCCCCUAGUCUAUGUGAAGACAACAGUCUUGGUAGAUGGACCACGUCAAGGUUGAAUGUCAAAACACUCUGCCAGGGAUCAAAACAAAGGGCAGAUGCAAAGCCUAGAUCACAGGCAGGUGUGGAGCAGGUCUCACAUACACAGAGGGCCUGACCUUAUCACAGGCUUGGCUGACAGGCUUCUGGGAGAGCCUGGAACCCUAACUGGGUAUUGGCUGCUGGCUGGCUCUUCUGUUGUGGGGCUUCCUUUACAACUCCAUGAAGGAGCCUGCUUUUCCUAGGAUCCCUCUCCUGCAAGUGAGAAGAAGGGGGUCCACGUGGAGAUCUUAGUCGGGGUUAGUAGCAGAUGAUGUCCAGUGAAGUGAGGUGACCCUCUGGCCUCAGAACAAAAGAUGAGAACAAUAUGAAAUUAGAGUCGGGUAGCCAUGACUACCAAUAUGAAAAGGAUAACACGAGCAUACUGGAGCUGCAGGGGAUGGGCUGAAGUUUAGGAGGAACCUCACAGAAGAUGCAAUUCUGGGGUGGGGCCCUGAGCAGGGCUUUCUCCACAGCCCUAAAAGUCACCAGGAAGGGUGCUGCUAGGGGGAGGAGUGGAGACUAGGUUGAUUCUGUAAGAGACAGGAUGUCGAGACCAUGACAUACAUCCAGGCUCGGGCCUGGGUGACUAGACUGAAUGUCAUUAGAGGACAUUUGGAAUUUAUCCCAUGUUUCCACUGACCAUUCUUUGACUGGGCCUUUGGCCAUAUCCUCUCAAGGGCCUGGGACCUUUGAGGACAUUAAAAAAAAAAAAAAAAAAAAAGCAUAGCAGGACAUCCGUAGAGAGGUGUUCUGUCUCUAUGACAUGGCUUGAGGGGGGAUGGGGUGGGUAUUAUAAGGCAGGUGUUCUGGAGUAUGACCCUCCCAAAACAAAACCAAACAGCUGCCAUGGUCAGGUGAGUUGUAGCUGCUUGCAAGAGACCAUCAGGAGAGGCCUGUGGGCAGCUGACCUUUCCUCGGAACAGGGUUUGGCCAAGGUCAUUAGAGACUGUAACCUCUUCUCAAAGCCAUCUGUGUGCAGUUCUGUCUUGAUUGCACUUAGUGUGUUCAGGGGGCACAACCUCAAGGUCUUGGGAGGCACUAGGCCUCUAGCAGGGAGAGUAUGUGGGCUGGGAAAGGCUCACAGAAGGGUGCUUCGUUUAUUUGCCUAUGUAUGGGGAGCCAUCCAUGCUGGGUUCCUUGCCAGCAUGUACCCUGUGACCAAUAAACUCACGCGGGUUCCCCAGAGUGAACUUUGUGGGAUCCCACUUCAGUUUGUUGUUGGGACCUUGUAAGGUGAGGGUAGACUUUGUUUAUGUCUCUUUGAGGAAGGGAUUCUUCCAACAGGAGUUGAGGAAGGGGGUGAAGGUCAUGGUCUUUAAACACCCAGCCCAGCUUCCUUGGAAAAGGCUUGAGGAGUAGGCAUGCGUGACGUGUUGGGGUCAGGGUUGGGGGGUUCCAAUCUAUACUCUUUCCUUUUGUAACUUCCAGAGUCAGAUUAUGGGCAAGAGUCACACCUUGACCAAGUGCCCAGGGUUUUCAUUAUCCUUGGACAAGUUCAAGCCCAUUUCCAGUCUAGAGUUCUAACUCUUUCUACAAAGAAGGUGGCUGCCCCUGCCCUCCUGCUGAGGAUUCAGCUCACUUAGGACAGCUGAGGACCCUGUGACAGCCUCUGACUGUCGGAGCAGUGGACCAUCUGCUCAUAUUGCCCUACACACCUCCUUUAGGGUGCAGAAGCUGGCAAUAAUGUGUACCAUUUGGCAGGCCAGGUGACAUCUCUUCUUGUAUCAUAUCAGGUGACUCAAAUAAUCACCAUGGCUGUUGACACUUGGCACUCUCAAAGGGAAUUCUAAGCAGCAACAGGGAGACAAAGCUAAACUCAAGGGCAUCUGUACUAAACACAGCCUGCUGCUCUGCUCUCAAUGAAGCCAUUGCUGAGAACCAGCAAAAACAGGUUUUGGCAGUGCCCACCAGUGGCCUGAAUCCAAGGUGGCAAAUUAGAAAAUGCAGAGUGAGGAAUUUGGUUUCCAGAUAAAUUAUUCAAUCAUUUGAAUUUGAUCCAUUGCAUGUCUCAUCCAUUGUGUGUGUGUGGGGAAGCACAGGCUCCAAUAUUCAUAGGAUUUAUGUUCUAUGAGGAAGAUUGACUGUUUAAGUGGGCUGCUGGGAUUAUUUUCAAUUUUCUAGGAACUGUUUCUUAAUAUCGAAUGAUGCUUUAUCAAGUGCUAAUGGAGCAGACAGUCACUGGGAUGGUCUCUGGGUGGCAGAUGAAUCAGUGUUUGUAGGUGAUGGGAAAGCAUUGCCCAGAGUUCGUCCAUAUCCAGGGUCCCAGGAGAGAAGUGGAGGUAGGGCAUAGCUUGGGGGCAAGGUACAGUGGAGCAUGGAGCUGGUGCAAAGAGAGGAGGGAAGGGGGUUCUGAAAAGGCUUGCCUCUGAAUCAGGCUUGCUUUUAGAGUGGCUUGGUGUCUCCUCGAAUGCCACCAGACCCACCCUAUACCCAUUGCUUGUGCUUUCUGUGAGAUAGGCAGAGACUAAGCCUAAAUUGUGGAGGGAGGGAUGCACAAAUGUCAGAGUAGGAAGGACCACAUGGUUCUAAACUCUGUCUCCUUUAGGAUCCAGCAUUGCCACACGUGACACCAAUAGACCCUCCAAAGAAUUCUCAUAUUUGUUUCUAUUAAAGCUGACAUUUCACUGUGGCUGAUAGAAAUAAUGCACCAGAGCCCAGAAAGGCAGUGCAGGUUUUCUUCUGAGUCAGUUUGUAGAAUUUUAAUCUAGUCACACGGCUGCUCUGGCUGGAACACAGACAUACCCUCAGGUCACACCUUUAAUCCCAAACAGUGCAGCUAAGAUUAGUUUCUGUAAGGAAUCAGCCAUGUUCGAAGGUGACAGCUAAUUGAGGGGCAGACAAAGUGACGAAUCAGAGAAAGAUUUGACAGAAUGAGUCAGAGAUAGCAUAUACCCAACU